ACAUUUGGUAUCAGAGCUUGGUACAUUGAGGGGACCAAACACAGCAGCUAAUGGCGUCUGAAACCUUUGUGCAGCCAGCAAUUCCUCGCUUUGAUGGUCACUAUGAUCAUUGGAGCAUGCUGAUGGAGAAUUUCUUGAGGUCCAAAGAGUAUUGGGAUGUGGUUGAGUCUGGAGUAGCAGAACCAACUGCUAGGAUGUCAGAAGCUCAGAAGGCAGAGUUGGAGGCUUUAAAAUUGAAGGAUCUCAAAGCCAAAAAUUAUCUCUUUCAAGCAAUUGAUCGGACAAUCUUGGAGACUAUUCUUUGCAAAGAUACCUCCAAGCAAAUUUGGGAUUCAAUGAAGAAAAAGUACCAGGGAACCACAAAAACAAAGAGGCAACAGCUUCAAGCACUUCGUUCGGAAUUUGAAAUACUUCGAAUGAAAGAAGGUGAGACUGUUACUGACUAUUUUUCUAGGACAAUGGCAAUUGUCAACAAAUUGAGGACCCAUGGUGAUAAGACACAAGAUGUUACUGUUGUUGAGAAGAUACUUUGUUCAAUGACACCAAAAUAUAAUUUUGUUGUCUGUGCUAUUGAGGAGGCAAAUGAUCUUGAUGAAAUGUCACUUGAAGAACUUGAAAGUUCCUUGCUGGUACAUGAAAGGAAGCUGAAUCGACAAGAGCAGAAUGAGCAAGCUUUGAAGGCCACAGUUGGCACCUCUUCUUCAUUUUCAAAUAGAUCAAACAGAGGAAGAGGCAGAGGUAGAGGAAGAAAUCAGCAAACUCAGUUUUUUGAAGGAAGAGGAAGGGGGCGUGGCAGAUUUCAGAUUUCCUACAGACCAAAGUCAGCAGACAAGUCCAAAGUUGAGUGCUUUCAGUGCCACAAGUAUGGGCAUUACCAAUCUGAAUGUCGAGCUAAUUUGCCUACCAAUGAAGACACUGGUUGCAGCAAUCAUAUGUGCGGAGACAAGGCAGCUUUCUCCACCUUGGAUGAAUCUUUCAGAGAUAAUGUGAAGUUCGAAGACAAUUCGAAAGUCUCGGUCAGGGGAAGAGGACAGGUGACGAUUCAAAUCAGGGGUAACGCUGCUCAAACAAUUUCUAAUGUCCUUUAUGUUCCAGAAUUGAAGACCAAUCUGCUAAGUAUUGGUCAAUUGCAAGAGAAGGGUUAUGAGAUUAUCAUCAAGAAUGGAGUGUGCCGGAUUCAAGAUUCCAAAUUGGGCUUAAUUGCUCAAGUUAAAAUGACUGCUAACAGAAUGUUUCCUCUUCAUCUCAACUGUGCUAGUCAGUCAUGCUUCUCGGCAAAGACAAAUGAUGUGGCUUGGCUGUGGCAUUCUCGCUAUGGUCAUCUAAACUUUGGUGGUCUCAAGCAACUUCAACAAAAGAACAUGGUGACUGGUCUGCCUGUUUUUGAAUGUCCCUCAAUUGUUUGUGAAGAAUGUGUUAUUAGCAAGCAACACCGUGAUCCAUUUCCAAAGGGGAGUUCAACUAGAGCAAGGAGGCUAUUGGAGAUUGUGCACUCUGAUAUUUGUGGACCAAUUAAUCCAGUUUCCAAUGGAGGUAAACGUUAUUUCAUUACUUUCAUUGAUGAUUUUAGUAGAAAAACAUGGGUGUACUUCUUACAACAAAAGUCUGAAGCUUUAAUGGCUUUCAAAAGCUUUAAAGUAUUUGUUGAGAAGGAAGCAGGGAGCCAAAUUCAGGUGCUGCGUACUGAUUGUGGAGGAGAAUAUAACUCACAUGAAUUUGCAAAUUUUUGUGAGACACAUGGAAUCAAGAGGCAACUGACAACAGCCUACACACCUCAACAGAAUGGUGUUUGUGAGAGGAAGAAUCGCACUAUUUUAAUUAUGGUGCGGAGCCUUUUGAAGAAAAGCAGCAUUCCCAAGAAUUUUUGGCCCAAAACAGUCAACUGGAGCAUUCAUAUUCUGAAUAGAAGUCCAACUCUUACUGUUCAAAAUAUGACACCUGAGGAAGCAUGGAGUGGAAGAAAACCAGGUGUGGAUCAUUUUAAAAUUUUUGGUUGUAUUACUUAUGCUCACAUUCCAGAUGAGAAGAGGAAGAAGUUAGAUGACAAAGGAGAAAAGUCUAUCUUUCUUAGUGUUAGCAAUAAUUCCAAAGCAUACAAGCUGUACAAUCCAAACACCAAGAAAAUCAUCGUCAGUCGAGAUGUGAUUUUUGAUGAAGGAAAAUUCUGGGAAUGGGAUGAAGGCAAAGCUGAACAGAAGAUACAAGUUGUUUUUUAUGGGGAAAUUGAAGAGGAAAAACAACAGCAACCUAGGGAGAAUGAGCAGCAAACACCAGGGAGUCAGAGCAUCAUUCUAGUGGCUCCAGCAACUCCACCAACUCUCAUUCCAGAAGCUGAAUCAGAUGAUGGACAGCGACCUCAACGUUAUCUUUGGGACCUAGUUUCAAAAGAAUUAUGUGAAGAGCAAGGUCUUCUACCGCCUCCAACGCCAUAUCACGGCCUCAGUUCUCCUUUAGGAUACUACUUCCUCGACAUAUUCCACUGUGACUUGUCGCUUCUCCUCCCUCUUGUUCUGUGACGCUGAUAUGGCUUCUUUCGGAUAAUGAUUGUUUCUGUACUAACUAAACAAUUAAGGCAAGU